UCACACAGUCUCUGCACAGUCAGACAACCGGAGGUAAACUUGUGACCGAAGCAGCAGCUGUGGAGCUGGCGGCGUCAGCUCAGUUCUCCGAGAGAUAAAAACUGGACCCCGGCGUCUCCGCACUCCUUCAUCCAUCUGUGCACCUCCGCCACCCAACAUGGACUGCGGCAUCUUCACCUCCAAGACCGUGCUCCUCUUCCUCAGCUUGGUGUUUUGUGCUGCAGGAGCGGCGUUGGCCUACAUCGGGUCCUACGUGAUCCACAGCUACAACAACUUCGACAGUUUCAUUCAGGACAAGUAUGCGCUGGUCCCAGCAGCCAUCACCAUCGGCAUCAGCGUGGUGAUGUUCGUGUUUGGUCUGCUGGGAUGCUGCUCCACGCUACGGGAGUCCAAGUUCGGCCUCAGCUUUUUCUUUCUGGUCAUCAUGAUGAUGUUUGCGGCUGAGGUUGCUGCCUUGGUGUUUAGCUUCAUCUACCAGGGCAAGAUCAGCGGAGACCUGGAGCGCUCUAUGAAUGAGUCCUUCUCAAUGUAUGAUGGUCAGGGCACUGAGACCAAAGGUGUGGACUACUUGCAGUCUCAGCUGCAGUGUUGUGGAGUUAACAAUUACACCAGCUGGGCCAACACGACCUGGUUCAGUAGCCAAAACAACACAGUGCCUCUGUCCUGUUGUAAAAAUAGCACCACACAGUGCACUGGCAGACUGGACCAACCAAACCUGCUCAACGUCGCGGGUUGUCAGGUCAAGCUGAAGAGCCUCAUAGAGGAUGUGUGGGGAUACGCCAUGCUGGUCAUUCUGGGCUUCGCCGUUGUCAAGUUCUUCGGGAUGACGAGCGUAUGUGUGAUCACCUGUAGAAGUGGCAACCGGAGGAGUGGCUACCAGCCUCUCUAUGCCUGAAGUCCUCCACCACCUCCACCCCUAGGUGUGCUGACCACUUGAAAACAAGAGGCCUCCUUAUUCUGCUGUGUACUGAAGCAUACAGGUCCAACAUGUAGAAGUCUAAUGGAACACAGUAGAGCAAAUACCUCCGCCACGGCCCAACACUCCUACACACCGCAGUUUAGUUCUUAUCAUAGAAAUAAAUAAAGAUUAUAAAAAAAGUGUUCUGAUAUAUUGAAUGGUUUCCGCCCUGGCCCCAUCCCUCCACCAACUUUGUGGAAAUUGGUUUAGUGGCCUUUUGUGAAUCCUGCUGACAAACACAAAACAGCAAACAAAUGCAGGUUAAAACAUAAUCUCCUAUACUUGAAUACCAUGUAUAACAAUAUUGUAUACAAUUGAAAAAUGGACAAAGAAAGUAAUUGUCUGGACAUGCAUAUUGUUUUGUUGAAAACCAAAUAAAAAAUAAGUUAAAAAAAAACAAAACAUAAUCUCCUUGGUGGAGAACAACACACAAGUGGCAAACUCAAAAUCACAUUUAUCCUGAGACAAGAUCAACAUGAAUACGUCCAAUUUUGAGUAAUUGUCUUAAUGUCCCUCAGGAUAUUUUUAUGAGUCUGAGGUGCCAUGUUGGUUGAGUUGUCAAAGGUUUCUUUACUAUCACAGGCCAACAACAGUGAAAAAAUUCUUCAAUAAUAAAAUUGUUGGAAAUACUGA